AUGAAGAAAAUUGGACAAAAAGAGGACUUUCGUUUUCAUGACCGAUGUGCGGGCUUACAAUUGAAUCACUUGAGUUUUGCUGAUGAUGUGCUUCUGUUCUGCCAUGGAGACUUUAAGUCUAUAUAUUAUAUGUUGCAAGGCUUGAAAUUAUUUACAGCUACAUCAGGUCUUCACCCAAGUGAAACCAAAUUGGCAGUAUAUUGUUGUGGUAUGCCGGAAUAUGAUAUACAAAGGGUCCUUGAGGCUUCCGGAUUUAGUAGGAGUCAGAUGCCAUUCAAGUACUUGGGGAUACCCAUUUGUGCGAAGAAGAUUUUAGCAAAGGAUUGUGAACUUUUACUGGAAAAGAUGGUGGCGAGAAUCAGGACAUGGAGCUCUCGAAAUCUGUCAUAUGCAGGAAGAAUAAUCUUAAUUAAUUCUGUUCUGAUUUCCAUACAUUCAUAUUGGUCUCAAAUUAUGCUUAUUCCCAAGCAGGUGUUGAAAAGAAUUAACUCUAUAUGUCGUGCUUUUUUAUGGAAAUGUCAGGCUGAUUAUGAGGGGGCUGGAAAUGUGGCUUGGGAGAAGGUUUGCAGACCAAAGAAAGAGGGUGGUCUUGGCUUUCGAAACAUACUCAAAUGGAACAUUGCAGCCCUCGGGAAAUACAUAUGGACUGUAGCUACUAAAAAGGAUAAUCUUUGGGUGAAAUGGGUACAUCAUGUCUAUAUUAAGAAUGAAGAUUGGUGGGAUCAUUGUGGCUCUUUACAGAGUAGUUGGUAUUGGAAAAAAAUAGUGGAGGUGAAAGAAAAAUUUAAGCAUCUUAUUGACAUCUCUAGAUUCAUUCAAGAAGACUAUACUAUCAAAAAUGGUUACCAUUUACUCUGUGCAGUCUCAAAACGUGCCCAAUGGUGCUCAGAAGUAUGGAGUAGACUCAACAUACCGAAACAUAGUUUCAUUUUGUGGAUGGCCAUGCUUGACAGAUUAAAAACUAAGCAAAGAUUAAUGAGAUUUCAGAUGGUGAACAACUCAGUAUGCCUGUUAUGUGAUGUUCAUGAUGAAAGUAUAGCUCACCUUUUCUUUGAUUGUCACUUUAGUAAGAGAUGUUUGCAACAGGUGAAAGAGAAGAUGCGCUGGGCUGCCCAAACUGAAACACUAAGCAGCCUCAUGAGAUGGAUUUCUCGAGCUCACUAG